AUGAGGUCGGGGUGGUGGAAGAAGGUGUUGGAGUUAAGUCGGGGAGAAAAUGGGAGAUGGUUUAGAGAAAACGUGGCUGUCCGGAUUGGGGAAGGAACACAAGACGGAUGGAGUUGGCUGGCCGAUCCGAAAGGAAAAUUCUCGGUUAAUUCGGCAUAUAGAACCCUCUGUCAGUUCACAGGUCCAGGAAGAAAUACUAGCAAAGCGCCGGAGUUUCUCUUGAUUUGGAAAGCACCAGCUCCAUUCAAGGCAAAAACCACUGUCUGGAGAUUACUUAGAGGAAGAAUGGCAACCUGUGAUAACUUAUUGAGAAGACAAGUCAUCACACAAAAUACAGAGUCAGAUUGCAUGCUCUGUAAGGAGCAGACUGAAUCAUCCGAACACUUGUUCUUCCGAUGCCCAGCAACUUCAGAAAUUUGGUAUGCUCUUCUUCUUUGGCUUGGUAAACAAUCGGCCCUUCAAUCUAAAGUGAAGGAGCAUCUGCUUGCUUUCACAAACCUUGGGGAAAAAUCAGAUACAUCUCUUUUAUUAUGCAUCUGGAUUUGCUCUGUUUGGUGCAUAUGGAAAGAAAGAAAUGAAUGUAAGUUUAAUCAAGGAGUCUGGAAAAAUGAGAAAUUGGUGGCGGAAAUAAAAUCCAGAGUGUGGGGGUGGAUAAUGGCGUAUGAUGUGCAGUCUCGUUUCACAGAUUUUAGAACUUGGUUUACUGAUGUAAAACUGUUAGAGUGA